AUGAAGCUCACUGCCUAUGUCCUCCCCUUACUGGCUUUGGGAGCCUAUGCUGCUCCUGCCGCCGUCGACGGUAGUGGAGCCUCCGCUAUCGAGGCUCGUGGGCCGGCGAACGCCCGUCCCCCUCCCCCUCCGCCGGCCCCGGCGCAGGGCGGUGCUGCUCCACCCCCACGGGCAGCAGAGGAUGGUGAUAUUGCAGCGCGGGACCCUCAAGGGCGUCCUCCGCCCCGAGGGGGUAACCGGGCCGGCAACGGGGCGGGCAACGGGGCGGGCCGCCCUCCACCGCCGCCACCCAACCGUCGUGAUGAGUUCGAGGAGCUUGAGUGA